UUGCAUAAUUUCAGUAUCCCUCCAAAGUGCAACAUACUAUCGGUUGGCGUGUACAAUGAGAUAACAUUUGAACAAGAGUUUCAACAUAUAACUGACCACCGAUGUAAACUCUUCGUCUACGACAUGAAUGAGCAAUCAGAUCGCACAACGGCUAUACUGAAAAAAAUGAACGCUGGAGUGAGAGUCGCUGAAAUCUCUAUAGAGACCAACGAGCACAAGAAACAAUACACAAUAGACGAUCUAAUGAAACUUGAAGGAAUCACGAGCUUUGAAAUACUUAAACUUGACAUUGAAGGAAGCGAACUCCAAGUAGUCCCACUACUGCUUCAGAAACAUAAGCCGGCGCAGAUUCUUAUCGAAGUGCACGGAACCCCAUCGGAGACUGUCUAUCUUCUUCGCGAUAUCUCCAGGCAAGGCUAUUGGAUGUAUUCCUAUGAGAUCAACGGAGCAUGGCAUCAUUUAUGUGAAUAUUCUUUUAUUCAUGAAACUGCUUUCAAUCAAUAUGGUGUCACUCCAAUGGCAAAAUAUCUCCAUUGA